AUGAACCAGCAUAUAUAUACAGGCAGAAAGGAGCACACUCUAGGGACGCUUCCUAGCUUACCAGAGAUCAAUCCAAAAGGAAAUUGUCAUGCCGUGCAGCUCCGUGGCGGGACCACAUACCAGCCCCCACAGGCAGCGGAUUUAGGCAGGGAAAGGAAAGAAAAAGAACAGGAGCCGACUGACUUCACGCCAGCCGCUGAUCAAUCCCAGCGGCCUGCUGCAUCACCUCGCAGCGGCCCGCCGGAAACUCCCCAGCUAGCCGAGCCCGAUUCAGACAUUGAUGCAGAACCAUCGCCAGCGGCCGCUACACCACUUCGCAGCGGCCUGCUACCCGAGAGUCAGCUCCCAGAUCCGCAGUUUCCCAGCACUGCCACCAUCCCGUAUCCCCAGCGAUUGAAGUGCAAGAAGCUAGAUGCACAAUUUACCAAGUUCUUGGAAGCCAUAAGCAAGGUCCACAUCAACAUACCAUUAGUGGAAGCACUGCAACAAAUGCCCAACUAUGUCAAGUUCUUGAAAGAUGUGGUGGCCAAGAAGAGAAAGUGGGGAAAAUACGAGACAGUAGGCCUAACAGAGAACUGUAGUGCUAUUAUUCAGAAAGGAUUAGCUACCAAGCACAAAGAUCCAAGGAGUUUUACUUUAUAUUGUGUUUUGGGAAAUAAUGUAGAAGGUAAGGCAUUGUGUGAUCUUGGAGCAAGUAUUAAUUUGAUGCCUCUAUCUUUCUACAUGAAGCUCAACAUUGACAACAUCCGCCCCACUUCGAUCACCUUGCAAAUGGUAGACAGAAGCACAACAACACCAAGGGGGAUUGUAGAAGAUGUUUUGGUAAGAGUAGGAGAAUUCAUUUGUCCCGCUGACUUUGUCGUUUUGGACAUGCAUGAGACAAGAAGAACUCGAGGUUCUUCCCGAAAGAAUCCCUCAAAAGGGGAACAAAUUCUUGCCAUUGGCACCCCAGAAGAAGAAGAAGAGAUGAAGAAAGCAUUAGGAAAACCACGAGGACCACCUAAGGUAGAAUUGAAGCCACUCCCGGAACACCUCAGGUCUUAUUGGGCGAAAAAGAAGUUGAAUCAAGAUUUCCAAAAGGUCGGCAAAGAAAGGCAUCUCUUUCUCAACGAGAUGGAAGAGUUUCGAAUGGAAGCCUACGAUAGCUCGUUUACUUACAAAGAAAGGAUGAAGGUCUAUCAUGAUAGGAUGAUUAGUCCACGAGAGCUCAAAUUGGGGGAUGUAGUUUUAUUGCAUAAUUCGAGACACUCUCUUUUCCCCGGAAAGUUGAAAUCUAAGUGGACCGGUCCUUACAUGAUCAAGAAAAUCUAUGAUAGUGGGACGGUUGAGUUGCUAGCUCCGGAUGGGACAUUGUUUCAAGUCAACGGCCACCGGGUGCAGAAAUACUAG